ACCCCCAUUUGUUAACCAACUUCCACACUUCUCAAAGUGAAAAACCGCCCACCUCUGACUACAACUGUGAUAGGUGUCUCCCACUACCAUCCAUAUGUUUUCUUUCUGUUUCCUCCGUAUGCAGUGAGUGCCAUUUCCAUUAUUUCUAUCACCCCAUUUUCCAUUGGAUCCAAAGUUACCAACUUUUCUAGAUAUCAUCUCAUAAAGUCACUGUUUUUUGCUUCCCUUUGAGGUGACGCUUGAGCUGGGGAGCUCAACAUGUCUAGGGCAUUGGUUCAUUUGUUGGGUGUUCUGUGGGUAUGUUGGUGGUUGGCAUCAACUGGAGAGGCUCAAACAGAGUAUCUUAGAUACAAAGAUCCAAAGCAACCAGUUGCAACUCGGAUUAAGGACUUGAUGAGUCGAAUGACUGUGGAGGAGAAGAUUGGUCAAAUGGUUCAGAUUGAUAGGAGUGUUGCCAAUGCUAAGGUUAUGAAAACCAGCUUCAUUGGGAGUGUUUUGAGUGGUGGUGGUAGCGAGCCCCUUCCAAAGGCUACUGCGGAAGAUUGGGUUAAUAUGAUAAAUGAAUUUCAGAAAGGAGCUUUGGAGAGUAGAUUGGGUAUUCCAAUGAUCUAUGGUAUUGAUGCUGUUCAUGGACACAAUAAUGUCUACAAUGCAACCAUAUUUCCCCAUAAUGUUGGUCUUGGAUGUACCAGGGAUCCAGAUCUGGCACAAAGGAUUGGUGCUGCUACUGCUCUUGAAGUCAGAGCUACUGGGAUUCCUUAUGUUUUUGCUCCAUGCAUAGCGGUUUGUAGAGAUCCAAGAUGGGGUCGGUGUUAUGAAAGCUAUAGCGAGGAUGCUAAAAUUGUGCAAGAAAUGACAGCAAUCAUACCUGGUCUACAAGGAAGUAUCCCUGCCAAUUCCAGAAAGGGAUUUCCAUAUGUUGGGGGCAAGACAAAGGUAGCAGCUUGUGCUAAACACUUUGUUGGAGAUGGUGGUACAGUGAAGGGAGUAAAUGAGAACAACACAUUGAUUGAUUGGCAUGGAUUGUUAAGCAUUCACAUGCCUGCCUAUUCAGAUUCCAUUAUUAAGGGGGUCUCUACUGUCAUGGUUUCUUACUCCAGUUGGAAUGGUGUAAAGAUGCACGCAAAUCGUGAUCUAGUUGCUGGCUUCCUCAAGAAUACCCUCAAGUUUAAGGGGUUUGUCAUCUCAGAUUGGCAAGGUAUUGAUAGAAUCACAUCACCACCGGAUUCAAAUUACACAUACUCUGUGCAGGCUUCCAUUGAAGCUGGUGUUGAUAUGGUCAUGGUCCCAUUUAAAUAUGAUGAGUUCAUUCAGGAUCUUACACUCUUGGUCAAGAGCAAUAUCAUUCCAAUGGAGCGUAUUGAUGAUGCUGUGGAGAGAAUUUUGCUUGUAAAGUUCACCAUGGGUCUUUUUGAGAACCCUUUAGCUGAUACCAGCUUAGUCAAUGAGCUUGGAAGCCAGGAACACAGGGACCUAGCAAGGGAAGCUGUGAGAAAAUCUCUCGUGCUACUUAAGAAUGGGAAAAAUGAAAGUACUCCGCUACUGCCUCUUCCAAAGAAAGUCCCAAAAGUUCUAGUUGCCGGUAGCCAUGCCGAUAACUUGGGCUACCAAUGUGGAGGGUGGACAAUCAAAUGGCAAGGAUUCAAUGGCAAUAGUGACACAAGAGGAACAACUAUUCUCAGUGCCAUAAAAUCAGCAGUUGAUCCAAGCACAGAAGUAGUCUAUCGCGACAACCCUGAUAAUGAGUUUGUUAAAUCCAAUAACUUUGAAUAUGCAAUUGUUGUAGUUGGUGAGCCUCCUUAUGCUGAAACCGCUGGGGACAGCACAACACUUAUAAUGAUGGAAUCUGGGCCAAAUGUGAUCAACAAUGUCUGUGGGACUGUUAAGUGUGUGGUAGUCAUCAUCUCUGGCAGACCUAUUGUGAUUGAACCAUACGUUUCUACUAUAGAUGCAUUGGUGGCCGCAUGGUUGCCAGGCACUGAAGGCCAAGGUGUGACAGAUGUUCUUUUUGGUGACUAUGGUUUCACGGGUAAGCUUGCAAGGACAUGGUUCAAAUCUGUUGAUCAACUCCCGAUGAAUGUUGGGGAUCCUCACUAUGAUCCUCUUUAUCCUUUUGGUUUUGGACUAACAACCGAAUCUGUUAAGGACCUGGUAGCAAGGUCAACUUCGGCUUCUAUUGGUGUAAGAGCUUCUAUAUUUACUAUCAUGGUGACACUAUUCAUCGGCUUAUAUUUAACUGGUAUGCAGAAUUGAUGGGAGCUUAUUGGAGCAGGCGGCUAGAGAACUAACUUGGGACACUUCCCAGCUUAGUUGAUUAGUGUAAUUCAUUGUAUUUGAGACAUUAUUAUUGUUCUCGAAGUAGUAAUUUGAGCACAUUCUUUUUCACCAUUUAAAACUUCGUUCCAAGGAAUUAGGUAUUUCAUCUACUAGGCGUUAAGGCAGGAAGGUAUUUGAGAGGUACUGGGAUUUUGACUUUUGCUGGGAAAAUUGGGGAGGUUGUUACAAUCCUGUUGCCUCUACUUGUACCAUUCACCUUAAAACUUCAAUUUCAUGGCUGUAAAUAAGCCCAAAUGCAGAACAAUUAGGAAA